UUGAGGUUAAACAGCAUUCAGAAGAGUUCACAUUGCUUUUGCUGACAAUUCAGUCAAAGCGAAGUUCAGACGAGAACUGCAACGACAAAAAAAAUAUUACUUUUCAAAAGGGAUACAACAAAUCACAACGAAAAACACAAGCAAAAUGGCAACGUGGUGGAAUGUGACAUGCGAUGGCUGCGAAUUGAUCAACAUGAUUCACCAUCGCUACAAGUGCUUGCGCUGCGACAACUACGAUCUGUGUAGCCUGUGCUUCGAGAACAAGGUGGAGACCGAUGCCCACCGCAACACACAUCCAUUUCAAUGUCUGCUGGAUCGCGAGGCGCGUGAAAUGUACUUUGUUGGCGAGCGCAUGCCCGAGAUGAGUGCCGAUAGCUUCACGUGCCCCUUUUGCGGCAAGAUGGGACACUCGGCCCGGGAGCUGGUGAAGCAUGUGCAGUCACAGCAUCGCGGCGAUAGCACUCUUGUCAUCUGUCCACUCUGUGCCGCGAUGCCAUCGCCGCAAACGAUGCGCAUGAGCAAUCUGGUCAAUCACGUUUCACUCAUGCAUGGCACAAUCAGAGUCGCUGGCGGUGGCAUUGGCGGUGGCAUUGGCAUUGGCGGUGGCGGUGUCGCUGACUGGGCUGCAGGCAGAGCGUCAACCGGUGGCUUUUCGUUCUCCACCAUGGCUCAACAUCAUCAUCAUAAUCACCAUUAUCAGUCACAUUCAUAUUCGCAUUCGCAUUCACGUGGCCAUCCCCGUCAACAUGUUUAUGCUCGUGCUCAAGCUUCGGCUUCCCCACGCUACUAUCCGCGUGUUUCUCCAGAGUUAGAUAUCGUGGAUUUGGAUGAAUUAUUAUCCGAAACAUAACUGAAAUGGCGAAGCAUCUGAAACAUCAAAUCAAAUAUAUGAUCUUUGUUACUAUUCGUUAACGGCUAAAUAAAAAUACGAAAUUA